AAAUAUGACUGCCAAUACAUAUAAAUUAGUUAUGCUUGGAGGAGGUGCUGUUGGAAAAUCUGCUAUAACUGUUCAAUUAGUAUCAGGACAUUUUGUUCAAAUUUAUGAUCCAACUAUUGAAGACUCUUAUAGAACAUCUAUUUCUGUUGAUGGAGAAAUGGUUUCACUUGAUAUUUUGGAUACUGCAGGUCAAGAAGAAUAUUCUGCUUUAAGAGAUCAAUACAUGCGAUCAGGUGAUGGAUAUGUUAUUGUAUAUUCCAUUACAUCAACCACAUCUUUCUUAGAAGCCAAUGGAUUUAGAGAACAAUUAUAUCGUGUUCUUGAUAAAGAUGUAUCAGAACAUGUUUCAAUUGCUCUUUGUGGAAAUAAAUGCGAUUUAGAAAGUGAAAGACAAGUCCAAACUAAUGAAGCUAAAAACUUAGCUGAACAAUGGAAAGUGUUAUUCUUUGAAACUUCUGCUAAAGCUAAAAUUAAUAUUACUGAAACUUUCCAAGCUUUAGUUAAAGACAUCAAAGCAAAUAGAGCAGCCACAGAACCUUCUGCCACAACUGCAGAGGCUAAUGAUUCAAAAGGAAAGAAGGAUAAAAAAGAAAAGAAAGAAAAGAAAUGCAUAAUGUUCUAAAAACUUAGUUCUCUCAUCUUCUGUAGAUGAGUUUUUAUAAUAACUCUUUAAAGUUUUUUAUAUCUUAUUGUUGUUGUUUUAGAAUUAGAUAAAUGAAAGAAUAGAGAAUUCUUGCUUUACUGACCAAAACAUCAAAGUGAAUUUAUAGAUUUUA